UGGUGGGUGGCCUAAUAUUAAAGAAAAAUUAAAGUUGAGAGACUUGAGAGUUGGCGGGACCCAAAAUGCAUAGCUGAUGUGAUGUUCACCGUCCAAACCGAUAACCACUGUUCUAGAUGCGUCUACGAAUGACGCUCAUCACGCCCUUUACAGUAUGCAACUCCUCAGACACUGACAUUCCUUACCUUCUCACAUUUCCAACUUGUCGUCGUCCAGGGCCAUGGCCAACCGUACUUGUUUCCUUUCGUUACCAAUCCUUACUAACCGCUACAACAUUUUGGACAUGAUCUGAUAGUUAAUUGCUUCAUUUCAAUUUUCUUUUUCUUUUGUAUUUUUUGGGUUGGUCCCGGAGGAUGACUUCGUAUCACCAGUACGAGCUGGAAUCCGGCACCACAGAUUCGGUGGCAUCGUCCCCUCGCUCCGAUCACCCGUCGUAUGAUCUGAAUACACGUGCAAGGUUCAUGUGCAGCUUCGGCGGCAAGAUCUUACCCCGUCCGCACGAUAAUCAACUGCGUUAUGUUGGAGGUGAUACUCGCAUAGUGGCGGUGCAGAGGAACUCCACCUUCUCCGCCCUUCUCAACAAGCUCUCUAAACUCUCAGGCAUCAGUAACAUAAGCGUUAAAUACCAGCUACCCAAUGAAGAACUCGAUGCUUUGAUCUCGGUUACCACUGACGAAGAUGUCGACAACAUGAUGGAUGAGUACGACCGCGUGGCACUGAAUCAAAACCCCAAAUCAGCUCGUCUCCGUCUCUUUCUCUUCAAUAAAGACGAGGAUAUCUCAAGGACCAGCAGUAUCAGCUCGCUCCUUCAUGGCUCAGCCAAUCGUGAGCACUGGUUCCUUGACGCUAUCAAUGGCAGCUCGGCUUCGGGGCUCGAGCGUGGCCGCUCCGAAGCUUCUUCUAUUGUUUCCGAAGUGCCCGAUUAUCUAUUCGGGUUAGAUAAUUCCGAGGACCCUCAGCCUCGCGGCGAGCCCAAAUUGAAGAACCGCCUGGCUUUGAACGACAAUGUCUCUGUUUCGGAUCCGGGUUCUCCUGCCCCGGUUGUCUCGUCGCCGUUUUGCUCCACCUCUUCAUCCGUACCUUCUGUUCCAUCGAUCCCAAAUCUUCCACCCGUAAAGACCAAACCCGAAAACUCAGCUCCGGUUCUAGAAUCAAAGGAGAGCCAAUUUCACGGUUAUACAGAGACAGUUGAACCGCCUCAAUCGCUGCCAACCGGGUACCCGGGCAAUCCGGCAUGGCAAUACGUCUCGGAUCCUCAUUAUUCGGGUCAAUCCGUACAGCCAGUGCCAGUUUACUAUGUUCCGGGUCCUGUACCACCCGGUAAUGUUUCUGUCCAACCGUUUCAAGUACGGGCUCCGUAUGUCCAGCAGCACUACCAAGCAGUACCGGGUCAGAUUCCAGUCGGAUACCACCAUCCGAGUCCGGGUGUGGGUCAGGUGUACAGUGGAGGGGUGAGGCCGAUAUCCUCGUUGGAUCCAUAUGAUGUAUCAGCUAGGGUAGUUCCUGAUGGAGCGACCCAGCAGGUCCUUUAUGGUGCAAGAAACGCUGGCAUGGUUUCUGCUUAUCCGGGUAUGGUAGUGUCAACGGGUGAGGAAUUGCAUGGGUCUGGGUCCGAUGUAAAAACGGGUUGGGUCUACCAUGAAAGAACUGGAUAGUGUGGUUGGUAAUGGUACAGUAAUUUUGAGAUUUUUUGUUUGUCUGUAAAAGGUUUGCCUUUUUUAGCAGUACAAGGUUUGACUGUGUUUGAGGCUGAAGAGCCACAUGAUUGGAUUGUAAUUAGUUUAUGUAUCUUCUCAAUAUAAUUGUGUGAUGCAAUUGUGAAUGGA